UUUUGACUAAGUCCUGUAUUUAGCCUUCUGAGCAACCAAUCACGGGGCUCUUAGAAGUAAGCACUGGUUGCUAGGUGUGGCUUCCUGAUGGGUCUAUAAAAGUAGGAACCACAACUUAAAAGUUUUCCACAGACUCAUUUCCCAGCUUGAAAAAUAUUGUUUCUGCGUCUUGGAAAAGGGAAAGAAAGUUGAAUCAAGAUGUCCUUUGUAUCAGAAUUCCUGAAGCAAGCCAGGUUUAUGGAGGAUGAAGAACCACGAUACGUUAAAAAUUCUAAAACUGGUUCAGCAGUCCAUGCUUAUCCCAGUUUUGAUCCUUCAGCUGAUGCGGUUGAACUAAACAAAGCCAUAACUGCUAAAGGAGUUGAUGAAGCAGGCAUAAUCAAUAUUUUGACCAAAAGAACCAAUGACCAACGGCAGCAGAUCAAAAGGGCUUAUCAACAGACGCAUGGCAAGCCUCUGGAAGAAGCUUUGAAAAAAGCUCUCAAAAGCAAUUUAGAAGAUGUCGUCGUGGCUAUGCUGAAAACUCCUGCUGAAUUUGAUGCUGAUGAGCUUAGAUAUUCUAUGAAGGGGCUUGGAACAGAUGAAGAUAUCUUAAUUGAGAUUCUGGCAUCAAGGAACAAUAUACAAAUUAGAAACCUCAGCAAACAGUAUCAAGAAGCUUUUAAGAGAGACCUCGCCAAAGACAUUGCCUCAGACACUUCUGGGGAUUUUCAGAAGGCUUUGCUUGCCUUAGCAAAGGGUGACCGGAAUGAAAACCCACAUGUGAAUGAAGAGUUGGUAGACAACGAUGCAAGGAAAUUAUAUGAGGCUGGAGAGAGAAAAAAAGGAACGGAUGUUAACGUUUUCAUUAACAUUCUCACUACCAGAAGUUACCCGCACCUUCGAAGAGUUUUUAACAGAUACCAGAACUACAGCAAACAUGACAUGGAGAAAGUUCUGGACCUCGAGCUGAAAGGAGACAUUGAGAAUUGCUUGACGGCAAUUGUGAAAUGUGCUGUAAGCAAGCCUGCUUUCUUUGCUGAGAAGCUCUAUCUAGCAAUGAAGGGUUCCGGAACACGCCACAGAACUCUGAACAGAAUUAUGGUGUCACGGGCUGAAAUUGACAUGAAUGAGAUCAAAGGUUUUUACAAGGCAAAAUAUGGGGUGUCUCUCUGCCAGGCAAUUUUGGAUGAAACAAAGGGAGAUUAUGAAAAGAUUUUGGUGGCUUUGUGCGGCGGGGAUGACUAAGUUCUACAUCCUGUACAUUCCAAUUACUUCCUUGAGAAUAGUUGAGAAUACGAUCUUCCUUAACUAAAGGAAUCUUUGAAGAAAGUCUUUUUUUUAUAUAUCCAAAGCCAAGAGCAUAGAAAGAACCACUGUGUUUGCUUUUGCAAGAUGAAGAUAUAUAAAGCAUAGUGUUUGUCUACUCAGGCCUAGUUAACAUUCCAAAUAAAAUAAAAUCUGUUA